UGAAGAUUUCUUUGACAUCAUCUAUUCAAUGCAUGUGGAAACAGGGCCAAAUGGAGAACAAAUUCGGAAACAUGCUGGACAAAAGAGAACUUACAAAGCAAUACAGAAAAAUGUGUGAAAUGCUCAAAGUUUCAAAUACAGAUUUCAGAGAGCUAUGCCUUCCUACCAAGAGAAGCGGUGACACGAUUUCUAAUGAGCUGCUCAGAGUGCCAGAAAAGAAUGCAUUUAAACCCAGAUGGAACCGAUCAUAAAGAUAAUGGAAAACCUCCCACUUUGGUGACCAGCAUGAUUGACUACAACAUGCCCAUUACCAUGGCCUAUAUGAAGCACAUGAAACUGCAGCUGCUAAACUCACAGCAAGAUGAGGAUGAAAGUUCAAUAGAAAGUGAUGAAUUUGAUAUGAGCGACUCUACACGGAUGUCAGCUGUGAACUCUGAUCUCAGCUCCAAUCUUGAGGAAAGAAUGCAGAGUCCCCAGGCUCUUCAUGGCCAGCAAGAUGAUGAUUCUGCUGCAGAGAGCUUUAAUGGCAAUGAGACUCUGGGGCAAAGUUCAGUUGCUUCAGGGGGAACACACAGCAGGGAGAUGGGCGACUCCAACGGUGACGGCAAAGCGGGGCUGGAGCAGGACCAGCAGCCACUGAACCUGAGCGACAGUCCCCUCUCCGCGCAGCUCACUUCGGAAUACAGAAUAGAUGAUCACAACAGUAAUGGAAAAAACAAAUAUAAGAAUCUUCUAAUCUCUGACCUCAAGAUGGAGCGAGAGGCGAGAGAAAAUGGAAGCAAGUCUCCUGCACAUAGCUACUCAAGCUACGACUCUGGCAAAAAUGAGAGUGUAGACAGAGGGGCUGAGGACCUGUCUCUGAACAGGGGAGAUGAAGAUGAAGAUGACCACGACGACCAUGACGAUGCUGAGAAAGUUAAUGAGACGGAUGGUGUGGAGGCAGAGCGGCUGAAAGCUUUUAAUAUGUUUGUCAGGCUGUUUGUAGAUGAAAACUUGGACCGAAUGGUCCCAAUCUCUAAGCAGCCCAAAGAAAAGAUCCAGGCUAUCAUUGACUCAUGCAGGCGACAAUUCCCUGAGUACCAAGAGCGUGCCAGAAAGCGCAUACGCACUUACCUCAAGUCCUGCAGGCGGAUGAAAAGAAGUGGUUUUGAGAUGUCUCGACCUAUUCCUUCUCACCUUACUUCAGCAGUUGCAGAGAGUAUCUUGGCUUCAGCCUGUGAAAGUGAGAGUAGAAAUGCCGCCAAGAGGAUGCGUCUGGAUAAACAACAGGACAAGCCCGCUCCAGCUGACAAACAGUGUAAGCCAGAGGCGGCGCAGGCCACUUACUCGGCCGCCGCGGUCUCAGGCUCACCGGAGGUGUUGUACAUCAACGGCAACGGGACCUACAGUUACCACAGUUACAGAGGGCUCGGAGGGGGCCUGCUGAACCUGAACGAUGCUUCCAGCAGUGGGCCCACCGAUCUCAGCAUGAAGAGGCAGUUGGCGACCAGCUCAGGCUCCUCCAGCAGUUCAAGCUCCAGACCCCAGCUGAGUCCAACUGAAAUCAAUGCAGUGAGACAGCUUGUGGCAGGAUAUCGAGAAUCGGCUGCAUUUUUAUUGCGUUCUGCAGAUGAACUGGAAAAUCUUAUUUUACAACAGAACUGACUCAAAUGACGAUCCGAUUCACUGAGGUCUAAGUUUGCAGUUUCCACUAAUGACAUUUUGAUUUCCCAGCAGAGAUGCUUCUGGUGUCACUGCGCAGUCUUAAGAGAAACACUUCCAUUAUGCCACACUGUCCUUGAUCCAUACAGUGAUGUGUUAAGGUGCUUCAAAGGAACUGACCUCUGAAGUACUUGAGAUACCUUGUGUCCAGCCUACUGCUUUUUGUUUUAGUGUGUCAACAUAACUAUCUGGGGCAAAAAUAAAACUAAAGGCUGUAUAUUCCUAAUUCAAGGAUAAAACUGAAGAAGCUUGUGGUAUAAAAAAUAGUUCAAGAUCCAACUGAAAUAUUAGUGGAAUUUGCUACUGACUUAUUGGACUGAAAGCUGCAGUAUCUGGCAAAAAAAAAAAAAAAAAGCCAAAAUUUCUUCUUGCUACAGGUUAUAACCAUGAAAAGGAUCUUGUAUUUUAAAAAAUAUAUAUGUAAUUUUUAUAAAAAGAAAACUUGUUUUUCAUUCAAAAUUGUCAUUUUUACUUUGGUAACUUUUUCAUAGGUCCUAAAAGAAAACCGUUUUGAGAAACUACUGUAAGUACCUUUUCCACAUCCCUCUGCCUUCUCUUUCCAAAUUCUUUCUACAAAAAAAUAACACAUGACGCUGGAGAAAAACCCUCGCCUCCGUUCUUUACAUCAUUUUUUUAGGAGCUACUUCGGGGAGAAGCCUGCACUUCUGCACUCAGGCAGGUCCCCAGCAUCCCACGCAACACUGCAGCUUUACCAGAGAGGUUUCCACCACACAACUUUUUAAUAUUAAAAAGAGACAUAUCAUUGAGGGGGGAAGAUCACACCUUGGUUUCCCACAGCUCACCCCAGAUUGCCGCUGCUAUCUUACGGCACCCCUCUAAGACAGGGGUGUAGAUGGCUGAAUGUUCAGAGGUUGCAAGUGACAAUCUGAAAAUUUGCACUCGUGUGUAGUUUAGUUUUCAUUUCUCUAUUUCAGACAUAGUUUCCAAAAAGACCAUUACCUCUCCUGAUAUGAUCUGUGAGAUUUACAGUUCUAGGUAAAGAUGAUGUAACGGACUGUUGGUGGCUGCAGCUGCAACUUACAAUGAACUGGCCCCUCCGAUUCCCUGUCCUUUGCCCUUCUUUCCGAUUUUAUAGUGUGGGUACACAUAAAUGGUGUUUUCUUUGUGCACUGAGGCAAGCCUAUUUUUAAGAUAUUUAGGGAGUCCAUCAGUUUAUGCUUCUUGUACAAUUUUUUUCUGUUGUUUAGCUUUGGUUGGAUUACAGAUUCGUUGUGCAUUCCUGAAUUUGCCUUAUUUCAUGUAAAACUUACGUCAUUCGGUUUUUGAUAAUUCAGUUUUAGGCAUCAGUGAUAUUUCUUAUCUACUUGUUACAUAUAGUUUUUCAAGUAAUGACUGUGAUUGUGACCAAGUAAUGUGCACUUUUUCUUGUAACUGUGGACAUUGCUAUGCUUUUUUCUUCUCGUGUUUCUAGAAUUACUGUUCCUUACAGUUACGUAAACAAAAAACAAAAAAAAAUUUUGUGAUACUGUUGGUGAAUAUAAUGUGAAAAUCUAAUUGAAAUAUGAGUAUUUUGGAAAUACAUAGAUGCACAAACAUCUUUUAAGAUGUGAGUUUAGAGUUUGCUUAUUUAAAUGAAAAUUCAAAAACUGAGGGCUGGCAUAAUUUUCUGUUUUGUUGGGUUUAAUAAACAGAUUUCUGUGUUAAAACAA